AUGGGCCAUUUUGGUUUGUUUGCCCAUACGGGUUCGAACCAUUCCUUUACUUUAUUUUUAAACUUUAAAAGUGCCUUUUUUACCGUUGUACCGGUUAGGGGUAAGGAAUUUGUUUGCGGUUAUAGCUAUAAACGCGGCUUUAGCUUCCGUUACUUUUAUUAUAUUGAUUCGCCGCUUUUGGUUGCUAUUGCUACUAUUUAG